AUGAGCCUCAUCAAAGGACAAUUUGAAUGUUCUCAUAGCGUGGUGGCUGCCAUCCCCAGAAGGGACCGCACGCAGAGCGUGAACACGGCGUUCACGGCGCUGCGCACGCUCAUCCCCACCGAGCCGGUGGACCGUAAGCUGUCCAAGAUCGAGACGCUGCGCCUGGCGUCCAGCUACAUCGCGCACCUGGCCAACGUGCUGCUGCUGGGCGACGCGGCCGACGACGGGCAGCCGUGCUUCCGAGCCGCGGGCAGUGCCAAGAGCGCCGUCCCCGCAGCCCCCGACGGCGGCCGCCAGCCGCGCUCCAUCUGCACCUUCUGCCUCAGCAACCAGCGCAAGGGGGGUGGCCGUCGUGAUCUGGGGGGCAGCUGCUUGAAGGUGAGGGGGGUGGCCCCCCUUCGAGUGCCGCGGAGAUGAGCCUGGACCCCUGUGGUAUUUGCUCCAAGCAGGACCCUGGAAAAAGAGGCAAGAGGCCAGCCACUGGUUGAACAAGGGAGAAGACAGAUCCCAGGAGCCAAUCCUAUCCCUCCUUUGUGCAAGCCAGAGGACAAUGGCUUGGGCCCAUGACCCUCUGGGCAGGCCCCCUAGGACAUCUCCACUCCACCCUGGAGAGCUGUGAAGACCCAUCCAGCUGGCCCCAGCUCUGACUGGUCAGAGACAAGGCAAAACUUUUGGAAAAACAAAGACUGUUGGUGACAAAGGGUGUGUGCAUGUCUGUGCAUGAGUGUGUGCGUGUGUGUGUGAGAGAGAGAGAGAGAAAUUGGUGGGUUUAAAAUA